AAAUAGUGCCAACUUAAGCUGAUCCUGUAGGAUGCACUUAACUAGCAACCCUCAAGUUCACUCAAGUUUCACUAAGCAUGCACCUUUCCAGCCAUGCUAUAGUUCCAAAGAGCAGAUAUUUCAGCAGGGUGGUUACUACCCUAGGAAUGUGAAGAAUUUACAGAAGCUGAACCAGAGGGAAUUGGAGCUUGGACUGACAAACAAGAAAUCAUGGCAUGACCAGUAUAAAGACAGUGCAUGGAUAUUUGUAGGUGGUUUACCAUAUGAUCUCACAGAGGGUGAUAUCGUCUGUGUGUUUUCUCAGUAUGGUGAGAUAGUGAACAUAAAUCUUGUUCGUGACCAGAAGUCAGGCAAAUCUAAAGGAUUUUGUUUCCUAUGCUAUGAAGACCAAAGAAGCACCAUCUUGGCUGUAGAUAACUUCAAUGGAAUCAAGCUGUUGGGACGAACUCUACGAGUAGACCAUGUAGAGGAAUACAGAAAGCCAAAGGAACAUGGUGAUGAGGAUGAUGUUACAAUGCAGUUACGUACAGAAGGGUGUGCCCCACAGAUACCCCAGUCCCCAGAACACGCUUCUAGUGAAGAGGAACCUUUGCAAGUUAAAGUCAAAAUUAAAAAAGACAAAAAGGUUAAGAAAGAAAAGAAAAACAAAAAGAAGAAGAAAAAAGCGGCUGCAAAAAGCUCAAGUUCAGAAAGUAGCUCUGAAUCUGAAACAGACUAUAAACCAAAAAGAAUUAAGAAAGAACACUAUGAUUCUGAAACAGACUAUAGGGUAAAGGUCAAGAAAGAAAAACAUGACCCAGGAUAUGAAAGGGCACAGAAUUUAGAUAUGAGAAAAAAGCGAAAUCGUUCUCCUGAUGAUUAUAGUGAGAGAAAUAAGAACUCUAAAUAUGACAGGGACAGUAGAAAUAGAAGAACUGAUGGUGCAGAAAAGGACAGAAGAAAAGAAUAUGAAGGAAACAGAGAAAGAGGUUACGGAGGUGAUAGGGAAUUUGACAGAUCUCAGUACAGAGAUGACAGGGAAUUAAACAAACCUCUGAACAGAGAUUACAACAGUGAUGAUAGAGGUGAAGGAAGAUAUGGCGGGAAAAAUAAACGUGACUAUGAUAGAAAGUCAGAUAGGGACAGGAGGGAAAGGGGAGAUGAAAGAUAUGAUAGAUACGGAAAUAGAAAUGACAGAAAUGAUGAUAGAUAUAGACAAGAUGAUAGGAAACAUUACCAAGACAGAGAAACCUAUGAUAGAUAUAGAGAUUCUAGAUGAUAGUUGGUAUUUUGCUGGUGUUCAUUUCAAUAUUGAAAAGAUGUUUAUAACUUUUCAUGUUUAUUUUGUACUUCAAAGCUAUAAAAUUAUCUGUUCUCUUAAAGAACUUUUACCGAUCAGAUUAUCUUAAUUGCAUAACCAUAUUUAAAAACUUUAAGUGUACAAGUGGUUAAUUUUAUGAUUAAGCAAUAUUUACAAUAUUAAAAGAAAAUUAAAGUCACACAAAAAAAUUACAUUGCUAUGCCAUAAACUGUCUUGAAAUUGGAGAAUCACCUUUUUAGCUCACAUGUCACACAGUGACAGUGUGAGCUUUUGUGAUCGCGCAGCGUCCGUCGUCCGUGCGUGCGUGCGUGCGUGCGGCCGUGCGUAAACUUUUGCUUGUGACAUUUCUAGAGGUCACAUUUUUCAUGGGAUCUUUAUGAAAGUUGGUCAGAAUGUUCAUCUUGAUGAUAUCUAGGUCAAGUUCGAAACUGGGUCAACUGCGGUCAAAAACUAGGUCAGUAGGUCUUAAAAUAGAAAAACCUUGUGACCUCUCUAGAGGUCAUAUUUUUCAAUGAAUCUUCAUAAAAGUUAGUCAGAAUGUUAACCUUGAUGAUAUUUAGGUCAAGUUCGAAACUGGGUCACAUGCCGUCAAAAACUAGGUCAGUAGGUCAAAUAAUAGAAAAACCUUGUGACCUCUCUAGAAGCCCUGUUUUUCAUGGGAUCUGUAUGAAAGUUGGUCUGAUUGUUCAUCUUGAUGAUAUCUAGGUCAAGUUCAAAACUGGGUCACGUGCUAUCCAAAACUAGGUCAGUAGGUCUAAAAAUAGAAAAACCUUGUGACCUCUCUAGAUGCCAUAUUUUUCAAUGGAUCUUCAUGAAAAUUGGUCAGAAUGUUCAUCUUGAUGAUAUCUAGGCCAGAUUCGAAACUGGGUCACGUGCGGUCCAAAACUAGGUCAUUAGGUCUAAAAAUAGAAAACCUUGUGACCUCCCUAGAGGCCAUAUUUUUCAAUGGAUCUUCAUGAAAAUUGGUCAGAAUGUUCAUCUUGAUGAUAUCUAGGCCAAAUUCGAAACUGGGUCACGUGCGGUCAAAAACUAGGUCAUUAGGUCUAAAAAUAGAAAAACCUUGUGACCUCCCUAGAGGCCAUAUUUUUCAAUGGAUCUUCAUAAAAAUUGGUCAGAAUGUUCAUCUUGAUGAUAUCUAGGCCAUGUUCGAAAGUGGGUCACGUGAGUUCAAAAACUAGGUCAUUAGGUCUAAAAAUAGAAAAACCUUGUGACCUCCCUAGAGGCCAUAUUUUUCAAUGGAUCUUCAUGAAAAUUGGUCAGAAUGUUCAUCUUGAUGAUAUCUAGGCCAUGUUUGAAGGUGGGUCACGUGAGUUCAAAAACUAGGUCAUUAGGUCUAUAUUUUAAAAUAUAGUAUUAUCAUUGACUUUAAAUUAAUAAUUGCUAUUUUGAUUCGUUUUAAUUAAUCUUAUUUAAAAUAUUUUAUAUUUAAUAUUUUAUUUCAACUUGUAUUGUAAAACACCAUUGAAUAUGUUUUAAAUGUAGAAAUAGGUGUUUAAGCAAAUAAACCAGUUUCAGUUUCAGUUUCAGUAGGUCUAAAAAUAGAAAAACCUUGUGACCUCCCUAGAGGCCAUAUUUUUAAAUGGAUAUUCAUGAAAAUUAGUCAGAAUGUUCAUCUUGAUGAUAUCUAGGUCAAGUUCGAAACUGGGUCACGUGCGGUUCAAAACUGGGUCAUUAGGUCUAAAAAUAGAAAAACCUUGUGACCUCUCUAGAGGCUAUAUUUUUCCAUGGAUCUUCAUGAAAGUUGGUCUGAAUGUUCACUUUGAUGAUAUCUAGGUCAAUUUCGAAAGUGGGUCGCAUGCAGUCAAAAACUAGGUCAUUAGGUCUAAAAAUAGAAAAACCUUGUGACCUCUCUAGAGGCCUUAUUUCUGAAUGGAUCUUCGUGAAAAUUAGUCAGAAUGUUCACCUUGAUAAUAUCUAGGUCAAGUUCGAAAGUGGAUGACGUGUGGUCAAAAACUAGGUCAUUUGGUCUAAAAAUAGAAAAACCUUGUGACCUCUCUAGAGGCCAUACUUUUCAUGAGAUCUUCAUGAAAAUUGGUCAGAAUGUUCACCUUGAUAUCUAGGUCAAGUUCAAAACUGGGUCAUAUGCCUUCAAAAACUAGGUCAUUAUGUCAAAUAAUAGAAAAACCUUGUGACCUCUCUAGAGACCAUAUUUUUCAAUGGAUCUUCAUGAAACUUGGUCAGAAUUUUUAUCUCAAUAUCUAGGUCAAUUUCAAAACUGGGUCACAUGAGCUCAAAUACUAGGUCACUAUGUCAAAUAAUAGAAAAAACGUCAUCAUGCUCAAUUGAAAACUGGGUCAUGUGGGGACAGGUGAGCGAUUCAGGACCAUCAUGAUCCUCUUGUUAUGCACAGAUGUACAGUUAUUUUCAUUACACAGUGUUUGUGAUUUUAUUUAUAGAAUGCUUCAGGCCACCAGCCAGUUUUACAUGUAGUUUUAACAGGGAUGUGCACCAUUAAAGUUUACCAAAAUAUUGAAACAAUAUGUUACACAGAAGUACAACCGUCAAAUGUUUGGGGAAAAUACCAUUUUCAAGGGCAGAUAACUCUUUCAAUACUGGUGACCUAUAUAGAUGACUUUUAAUGCAUAUUUUUGUUUCUUAGAUGAUUGCCCUCCAAUAUACAAAGUUUGAAGAAAUUCUGUUACAGGGAAAAAUUUCGCCCAUCUAGCAUACGCCUUUAAAUUUGUUUUGUCAAAGAAACCUGUGCCAAAAUUUUAUGAAAAAUACAAAACUGUAAAUGUUUCGCAGAUGCGACUGACUGCCUUUGAAGUAGCUACUUCUUGAUUAGUGAAUGUGUUUGCAUCCUAAAAGUUUCACAAAUGUUUGCAAACAUUCCCAAGUGAUAAACAAUUACUAUGGAACAACCAACACUUGAUAUUAAGAUUGUCAGUAUUUUAUACAUUGAUAUACAGGGUUCGACACUAACGGUGUCCUGGGGGCCCGAGGAUCCCAAAUUUUGAGGAGGAACACCAACUUCUAAAAGCUGGGAUUCCGGCUGGAUACCUAUUUUUUUUGUCAAUAAUAUCCAAAAAGUAAAAGAUAAAUACCUGUUUGAAAAAUAUUUUAACCCUUUCCCACAUCGAUACGUUUAUCACCGUAUCUAUCGAUUACCAAACAGAAACGUAUUGACCCGUGUCUAUCGGUUACCCGAUAGAAACGUUUAAUACCGAUUAACGGCCAUUUGAACAGAAUCGUUUUAUCCUGUGUCUCAUAAUCAAUCGCUUUAUUAUCGUUCUUUUCCUAAAGAAACAAAUUCCAGAUGUUUACUAACUCAAAAUAAUGGGAUUUCGUCAUCAUUAUUUACGUACAAGACAGUGUUCCAGCUAGCGAUUUACAGCAGGGCGCAUCGCCCGUUCCGAAAUUCGUUCCGCCCUGUUGCCCCGCCAGGCACCCUGCCCGUUUUACAACCAUUCAUUUCUUUUCUUUUAGCCAAACUUCCCUUUUUUGCCUCAGUGAUUAUAAUACACUGCUUUAUUGCCCCCUUUUUAUCGAGUGAUACACGCCGGGGGGCAUUGACAUAAUUAGCAAACAAUUAAACAAUUACCUGCUGUAAUCGUGCCCGAGGCAGACCAUGAUAUUUUAGACUGCUCCACUAGCAUUAAAAUCAUUGAACCUUAGUGUUAAAACAGUUUGCAAACCAGUCUGAAAUCAUUAUCAUUUCGCGCCACCUGUCAAAGUGUACUUUCGUUUUCGGUAAUAUAGUCGUAAAUACCCCUUUAUAUACAACUGAAACUUAAGUCCAGACAACAGACAUUUAUAUGUAAUUAAAAAAAAAUCGAUCACAAUCAAAUUUAAAUAGGAAAAUAUUUUGAUUUUAUCGUUUUACAAGUUUUUGAAACUGAAAGUAAGUUGUCGUCUGCUUUGUGAAAUUGCCGAUUUUUCAUGAAGAUUUCUUUGAAAUUAGUUUACUAAGAUGUAAUGACAGGGUACACUUUAAUGUCAGAUACUGUGAAAUGCUGUUAAACUGUCUUUGCAUCAUAAUAUUUUUUCAAAAAUAUUGUUUAAACUGGACAUUCCACGACUUUUAGAAAAAAGUGUAACCAUAUCCGGAUAUAAAAUUUUGGAUACCCGGAAUAUGUCUAUUACAAGUGCUAAACUUGCUUUUAGACUGUUGUAAGUUAAAAACUUUGCCCGAUUUCAUUUAUUUAAGUGGAAGUUUAAACUUUAUUUUCUGUAUAUAAUAUGUUACAGGUAUAAAUUUAUAAAUAUCAAGUAGCCUACAUGGAGAAGAUGUGUACUGAAAUUGUAACAAGUAAAAUAGGCCUAAACACAUAGAUAUUGUUAUUCAGUAUGCAAUUACAAAGAAAUGUUACAAGUUGAAAAUCAAUGCCAAGUAAAAUACAAACAGCAGAAUUUUUAGUUAAUAAAUAGGUGCAUUAGAGAUGACAGACAUAGCCUAUUAAAAGACCAUACCUAAAGUGUGCCAAAAAACAUGCCUAAAUUAUGCCAAAUUCCAUGCCUAAUGUAUGUUAAAAUGCACCGUAUGCAUGGACCAGUUAUAUUUUUUUCCCGGGGGAGCACGGUCCCGGACCGACCACCACCCCAGAAGUGCCCUUUUCAGUGCCAGCACCCUGCCCUUUUUUAAUCCUAGCUGGAGCACUGCAAGAUCAUGUGGUUACUAUUUAAAUAUAUCGAGUACUUUGCAAAGAAAGACACCGGGGUUUUUUCCUACAUGUGCACGACACUACGUCAUGGAAAAUUACUGAGAAAACUGCUUGCAACUGGCCAGUUCGCGGGACUUUCCUCGUUCUAAAAAUAACAACCAUUUCACAUCUAAGUAUUUUUAAAUGUGUUAGGUCAUGAAGGUCACGCGUGAUACAUGCAGAUUUCCCCUGAACAAAAAUUUGUGUUUACGAUGGCUUGGAAUUUAUGGCCUUACAUAACGGGAAGUGUUAAUCAAAACAGAAGGACCGCGGCUUCCAAAUAUUUUAUGACACCCCAAGAGUUAAUUGCAGCGGAAGUCACCCGUGAUGUACCGACGUGUGAUCAAAAUAUUACGUAAUAUUAUCUAAAAAUAUUUUUAUUUUUAGCACAAGAAUACUGUAGUCGGUUACGAGUCUCAAUCUCGGCGAUCUUUUUGCACUUUCAGAAAUUUUACGAACCGUUAUUUUUGUAGUGUUAUUCAGUUUGAUGGUUGUUUUUUAUAUAAAUACUUACCGAUUCCAAUUCGGAAGAAAAGUCUAUUAGGCGUAAAAAAAAUUGUUUGUUUCCGGUAUCCUGACCUACCCUAAAUUUUUGGCCCGACCCUAAAUGUUUUUAUGGCCUUGGAGAACAUUUUUUUCAACUUUUUAACAAAAGUUGCAAAACUGCACUUUUUAUGCUUUAAACAUGGUCAGUGAUGUUAUAAAUCAACUUACUGCUGCUCUAGAGGCAUAAUCCCCCUAUUUGUAUUCAUUUUUUGACACUAAAAUAAUUUCUGAAAAGUCUCCCUUAAUAAAAAAAAAAAGUUUUUCCGACCUACCUACCCUGAUUUUUUUGAGCAUGUUACCGGAAACAAAGAAUUUUUUUUUUUAGGCCUUAACUAUAAAUCAAACUUUCAAACAUCAAAAUGAAAUUGUAUAUGAAUUUCAAUGUGAAAGUUAUCCAAAGCAGAAUUUUAUGCCUAAAAAUAUAAUUCCCUUACUUUAACUCUUUAUAUCUUCAAACCUCAAAGAGAAACUACAAUAAAUUUUGUAUCAUCGGAAAUAUAAAUGCCAGGUAAUAUUAAGAUUUUAUAUUUUAAAAUAUAUGAAGAGAAGUCAAGAAUUUCAAGAAUUUUUUUUUGAUAUUAUAAAUUUUAGUGGUUGUCACAAUAGACUUGACAAUGAUUAUAUCUAUAAGAUACAAGUGUCUCCAAAAUUGAGACCUUGUCUUGACAUUGGCAAAAUGUAAAUUGAUAUCAGUUUGGAUACAUUCUUCUGUAGUAGUUAAGGUGUCAGCCACUCAAUACAGAGGUUGCGGGUCCGAAUCCCACUGGGGUCACGACCGUAACUUCUCAUAAGACACCUGUUGUGAUUGUUUUUAUCUAUCAUAUUAUGAGGGAUCCCAAAGCCUGAGGAGGACCCCCAGAUUUAAAAAGUAGAGAUUCCUUUGGGAACCUUGUUCAAAUAAGUUAGUGUCUAACCCUGAAUUAUACAUGAAUCAGUCUGUGCAUGAAAGAGCAAUGGUCUCAUUUUAAAUAAACAUUUGACCACUCUACAGUAUGCAUAUUUAAUUUUGUUCUUUAUUCUUUUUAGCUCACCUGUGACAAGGUGAGCUUUUGUGAUCACCCUUCGUCAGUCCAUCUGUCCGUGCGUCAACAAUUUCUUGUCUGCACGAUAGUGGUUUCAUUUAUGAUUUUAUUUUAACCAAACUUGCACACAACUUGUAUCACCAUAAGAUCUCGGUUCCUUUCUUGAACUGGCCAGAUCCCAUUAUGGGUUCCAGAGUUAUGGCCCCUGAAAGGACCAAAAUUAGCUAUUUUGACCUUGUCUGCACAAUAGCAGCUUUAUUUAUAACUUGAUUGUUACCAAACUGGCACACAACUUGUAUCACCAUAAGAUCUUGGUUCCUUUAUUGAACUUGCCAGAUUCCAAUAUGGGUUUCAGAGUUAUGGCCCCUGAAAGGGCCAGAAUUAGCUAUUUUGACCUUGUCUGCAUAAUAGCAGCUUCAUUUAUGAUUUUAUUUUAACCAAACUUGCACACAACUUGUGUUACCAUAAGAUCUUGAUUCCUUUCUUCAACUGGCGAAAUUCCGUUAUGGGUUCCAGAGUUAUGGCCCCUGAAAGGGCCAGUAUUAGCUAUUUUGACCUUGUCUGCACAAUAGCAGCUUCAUUUAUGAUUUGUAUUUAAUCAAACUUGCACAAAACUUGUGUCACCAUAAGAUCUUGGUUCCUUUUUUAAACUGGCCAGAUCCCUUAAUGGGUUCCAGAGUUAUGGCCCCUGAAAGGGCCAAACUAUUUUGACCUUGUCUGCACAAUAGCAGCUUCAUUUAUGAUUUGUAUUUAAUCAAACUUGCACAAAACUUGUGUCACCAUAAGAUCUUGGUUCCUUUUUUAAACUGGCCAGAUCCCUUAAUGGGUUCCAGAGUUAUGGCCCCUGAAAGGGCCAAAAUUAGCUAUUUUGACCUUGUCUGCACAAUAGCAGCUUCAUUUAUGAUUUGAUUUUAACCAAACUUGCACACAACUUGUAUUACCACAAAAUCUUGGUUCCUUUCUUGAACUGGCCAGAUUCCAUCAUGGGUUCCAGAGUUAUGGCACCUUAAAGGUCCAAAAUUGGCUAUUUUGGUUUUACAGCCAUAUAGAUACUUCAUUUAUGGUUUUAUUUGAUACAACCUUCCAAAAUAUCUUCAACAACAAUAAAUCUUGGAUUCCAUGACAAAUCAGAUCCAAUCGUAGGUUCCAGAGUUAUUUUAUAUCUGAUUACCUCCCCUGAUUGUAAUCAAAAUGGAUUUAUAUCAGUAAGUACUUAUUUGAAAUUUCAUUAUUGUCAUUAGUUGGACUGAGCCAAUCAGGGUAGAUAACUAUGGACUGAUUUUAUUUCAAAUUACCUCCCUUUAUUUCAAAUUAAAAUGGGUAUAUCUCCGUAACUAAUGAAGAUACUGAUCUGAAAUUUCAUUUAUGUCAACAGAUUUAUUUGGCAGAUCCUUCUUUUUUUCAUUUACAAUCAAAAAAAAUUAAUUACUUCCCUUUUACGUUACUAUAAAUAGCUUAUUUUUAGUAACUUUUUUAUUAUUGGCCGUAGGGAAAAACCGAGACCACUUUUCUAUGGUACAACAUGGAUGGUACCUCCAAUUUUUAGGUGUAUUUUGACAUAUCUGUACCUUGUAAGAAUUUUUUUUUCUUUCUGGUUAAAUUUCUUUCUUUUGUUGUUCCUGUCCUUUGGACUUAGAUAUUUUUUCUGAGGACCUUCUUGUCCUCAAGUGCAAUGAUAACAGGUGAGCGAUAUAGGGCCAUCAUGGCCCUCUUGUUAGAAAUUACUUGUUUAUAUUGCAUUUUGAACAAAAAUCUUUUAACAUAUGUAUAGUGUAAUACAUAAAUAAGACUACUUUUAGUCUAGUUUAAUGUACAAUGUCUGUAUGGCAAGUUUGAAUACUAUCAAGACAUCCUAUCUGACAUACUGUAGGGUUCCCAUGGUCAUGGAAAAGUCGGGGAAUUUUAUUUUCUCUGCUUUCUAGGAACCCUGAUACUGUAGGAUAUACUGUAGAAUUAUUGCUGACUCGUAUGGAAAGAUCAAGGAUCAUUUUUAAGCCUACCUUUAAUUGUCUUCUGGGUAAAUUACUUGUUAUAAUUUUGGGGCAGAAUUCAGUUUUAAUCUGGCAAAUCUUGUGUUGCCUCAUGCGAUAUCAAACAGUUCAUAAAUAUACAUCUCUUUGCCACAAAGUUUAUUAAUUUGUUUUUGUAACCGAGUGUCUUUGCAGAUACUAUUUCAUCAGGUAGAUUAUUCCAAUCCAAAAUGAUGCAUUGUGAAAAAAACUGUUAAGCCUAAAAGUUGUUUUACUUCUUGGCUUUGACAAUUUAAAAGUUCACUAAAUGUUUUCCCUCGGGUUUUUGAUUCAGAAGUUCUAAAAAGUCUUCAUAUAGUAUGCAUCAAGACCUCUUAUGAUUUUAAAACAUUGUAUAAUAUCAACUCUUCUGAGUUGAUAAUUUUAAGGCUCUCAAUUUCUCGGUGUAAGGUGUAAGUCCCAGAUCUAGUACAAACCUAGUAAAACAAUACUCUCCUCUAUGGCCAAGUAGAUGUUGUGGAUUUGGACUUACCUUUCUCCCACCAUUUUGGGAUCAAAAUUAUUAUUGACUUUUUUUCAUGUGAUGAAGCUGUCUAGCUGGUUUAAGGAAGUUUGUAAAUCUUGCAUCAAAACAUUAAACUGGUUCUACUUAAACCACAAAACAAAUCUCCUAAACCUAAACAAAAUAAAUGAAAGAAAUAAGAAAAUGCAAACGCACUGCACUUUUCAAACCUGUUUUCAAGCCAUAAUGAAACACCCUCUAGAGGCAGGCAUAGGCUCUUAUUUAUCUGAGCCGCACCACGAGAAAACCAACAUAGUGCAUUUGCAACCAGCCUGCGAAUCAUCAAAAUCUACCCUUACCAAUUAUCUUUGAUAAGAGACUCGGAGCAUUCGGAACUUUCAUAGUGACAAUCUGUAGUUUAAAAACAUUUUCAAAAAUGUUGACAUGCAAAACUUCUCUUGAAGUUUAAUUAUUUUUUGUUAUACAAAAGUAUAUUCCAACAACGUGUUGAUAGCCUAGUUGGAAACUUUAUCUGUCUUUAUGUAAUUAAAAAGAAUAAAUAUAUACACAAUUGC